GUGCUGGCAACCUCUCCAUUAAUGCCUCGAUCUUUAUUUCGGCUAUUUUUGAUUGCGUAUACGAGUUAACCAAUUGAGAAGCUACACUUAAAUUAAGACAAGUGCGAAAGUAACUUUAAAAAGCCGGAAAAGAAGCCAAUUGGUCUUCCUGAAUAACUUUCCGAUCAAAUAUUCUAAUAAUCCAGAAAUAAUCUGUGAAACAUGGCCGAGUCAAAUAGUGGAAGACUGCUCAACAUACAUAAAAACGAUGCAAAGAAACUCUCCCCUUUGAGGGAUUAUUGCAGGUGCGACAUAAGCACCUGCAAUAACAAUCGAUGUUCUUGCUAUAAAAAAUCCGUUUUUUGCACUCAAAAGUGCAAAUGCACUUUGGAAUGCCAAAAUAAUGCCGUAGUUACGAUGCAGUCUCGGUCGACGCAAACUGUUGUAUGUCCAAUAAAAUUAGCCGAAGAUUCUAGCGAAUUUAAGCAGCUAUACGAGUAUAUUGAAUUGAAAAAAAAAGUAACGAAUUUAGAAAAAGAACUAAUGAAUUCAAAAGAAGAAGUAGUGAAUUUUAGAAAAGAACUAACGAAUUCACAAGAAGAAAUAACAAAUUUAAAAAAAGUCAUUUAUGAGAAAAAUGGAAAAAUUCGAACAUUGAAUAAUAAAAUACAGGAAUUGACGGGCAAUUUCCGAAUUUUUGUUCGGAUUCGCCCACAAACUCCAAAAGAAGAAAAAAAAGCCCUGUGUACCAUAAAUUUCAUAGAUGACUGUACAAUUGAAUUAAUUAGUAAACCGAAUAAAUUGAAUAUUAGCUGCAGUAAUUCGCUAGAGAAAAAACAAAAAUUUACGUUUGAUAAAGUGUUUACAUCCAACACAUCACAAGCGGAUAUUUUUGAAGAACUAUCCCUUUUUGUACAAUCGGCACUUCAAGGAUACAAUGGAAAAACAUACACUAUGGAAGGAGAUAGUGAUUGUGAGACCGAAGGCGUAAUACCUAGAACGAUACGUCAGAUAUUUGAAGAGAUCAAGUUACUUAAUGAUCAUGAAUGUCAUAUUGAAGUGAGCUUCCUAGAAGUGUAUAAUGAAAUUAUUAUUGAUCUACUGGACACGGAACAAAAAGUCCACAAUAUAAAAAUGGUUAACAGUACAAGUAACAAUAUAUAUAUUACUAAUUUGACAAUUGAAAAAAUAAAAGAUCCAAAAGAAUGGUAUACAUUUUUUCAAAAAGCCCAGCGGAACCGAGCCACUACGGCUACACGGUCAAAUGAACGAUUAUCUAGGUCACACUUAGUGAUGACAUUAAGAAUAAGAAGGAUUUACAGAAAUGAAGUAUCCGUAGGACUUAUCAAUCUAAUUGAUCUUGCCGGUUCCGUAAGGCUAUCCAUCGAAGAAUGCGCAACCUUGGAAACCAAAUGUAUAAAUAAGUCUUUAGCAAAUCUUAGUAACGUGAUAUUAGCACUUAAAAAAUAUCAAGAACACAUUCCUUAUAGGAAUUCUAAACUAACACAUUUAUUAAUGCCUUCUCUGGGAGGCAAGUCUAAAAUUAUAAUGAUAAUCAAUAUUUCUCCACUCGAGGAGAAUAUUAAUGAAACUAUCAAUUCACUAAGAUUUGCACUUAUCGUUAAUAAUUGCACGACUGGCGCUGUUCAACGAAACAGAACGCGCGAUACUUAUUUAUAAAGAAAAAAAGCGCUAGAAAAAAUGGGACUUUUAAAAAAGUAAUAUAUAUAUGUAUGUAUCAAUAAUUUCAUUAAUUACAUGCGAAUAUCUAAUAUCUUUAAAUCUACAUAUCUUACGAGAAAAGUUAUACAUUUAUUAUUUGUAAUGUCAGACGUUUAUCUAAACGUUAUCUAUUUGUAUGAAAAAAUCUGUCAUUCUAAAUGUUGUUCAUAAUACGUUCUCUCAUCACCGGGUUAA